AUGGCCGAGGAAGACUUCGAAAUCGACAUAUAUGGCGAUGCCGGCGCGGAGCAGGGUGAUUCCAGGGGCGAGGACGUAAACUCACAUGCAUAUGAUGGCGAGGGGCACUCACACGACACGAACGGCGGCGGCCACGACUAUGAUGAGUCAAGAGACGAGGGUAUGGACGAUGGCCAUGACCGUGAGCAGUCAGCUUCUGCUACCGUAGCCCAAUCCAACCCUCCACAAGGUGUCAAAAGGAAAGAAGGAUCGGAUGAACGACCCGUCGACCCAGGCGCUACCACAGCCCUCUUAGUGUCAGAACUCAGCUGGUGGAACACAGACGAUGAUGUCCGCGGCUGGGCUAACCGAGCCAACUGCGAGGAUGAGCUGAAGGAUAUCACGUUCAGUGAGCACAAAGUCAAUGGCAAGAGCAAGGGGCAAGUGUACAUAGAAUUCACAUCACAGCAGGCGGCAACAGCGACGAAACAUCAGAUUGAUGCGCUGGGCAGCGAAGGACCCGGCCAGAAGAAGCACAGCGUCAUAUACUCAAGUCCGACUGUCAACCCUUUUAGGACGUUGCCAAAGGACGCUCCCGCUCGGGCAGGAAAGGACAACCGGACACCAUCGGGGCCCGGCUACAAUGAUCGGGCUCCGAAUGUCGGUGGCAACUUCGGGGGAGGUAACUUCCGUGGCCGAGGAGGAGGCUUCAACGGUCCACGUGGAGGCAUGGGUGGUGGUGGCGGCUUCAACCGGAACUUUUCUGGCAACAAUAUGAACAACUUUAAUAACAAUAACAACAUGGGGUUCAAUAACAACAUGGGAGGCGGGAACUUCGGCUUCAACCGCGGCGGCAUGAUGGGUGGAGGCAUGCGCGGAGGCGGUAUGAGAGGUGGACGGGGAGGUAUGAACGGAAUGAUGGGCGGUAUGGGCCCGAUGGGAGGCAUGGGUCCCAUGGGAGGUAUGCCAGGCAAUAUGGGGGGCAUGGGGAUGAUGGGAGGUGGUAUGCAAGGCUUCCAAGGCAUGCAGCCACACUUCAAUCCUGCCUUCUUCGGUGGCGGACAGAAUCAAUCAAGUGGCAACGACUGGCAAAACCCACACGGUGCGAAGCGUCCUCGACCGGAGUAG